CAGCUCACUUGCUCCCUUUUCCGCCCCCCACCCUCGUGGCACGGCCAAGUAUGGACAGCAAAAGAAAAGACAGACAUGCAGUUGGGAGCCAUCGCAGCACCGGAAAUGUGCGUUAUUUGCUGAAGUAGUCGGGGUGUAAGCAGUUAGAGCAAAACUAAUAUCUUGCUGUUGUUUUUGGCAAUAUAAGGAUGACGCUGUGUUGCUUGUAGACUGAACCUCACUGGUAAAUGGGAGGGCCAUCAGCUCCGGGGAAGUACAAUAGAUUGUUGGUAGGGACGGCAGGUCCCUCAUUCACACUGUCGCUUUUUGGAAUAAUCUUUCUCAAGGGGGUUGUUCCGCCCUCGUUGACGCCUGUGGCUGGAGGCGGCUUCUUUGCUACAUUUUUUGAGUUUUACCCACUUACCGAGACCCGGGACCACCACUGAUAGUGACAUUUUCCGUUACACGGUAUGGCUGAGGAUAGCGUUCCCCCACUCCCUGCCAGCGGGGACAGACUUAGUAUGACCGAUAACAGUAACUGGAUGCUGACCUCUACAGUUUCUCAGCCAAACGUUCAGAAGAUGAUCACUGCAGUCGCGGCCAUACUUCAAGAUCAGAUUUCGGUCGAUAUGGAGAAGCGUGCCGUUGAGGAGAAACCCGAAUGGAGAGUUUUCGAUGAAGACGCGUACUGCGACAGCAACUCCGGCGAGACAGAGAUGAGGGCCUCCAUUGCGAAGCAUCAGGGCGAACCUUGUCCAACUGUUGAGGAGAUUCGAGACUUCAUUGGCGUGCUGUACGAGGCGGCGGAAUACUCUCCAGAAUGCAAUGUCCUUGCCCUCCUCUUCAUAAACCGUCUGAUCGCUUUCUCCGGAAUGCCUCUUCGCGCUUCGAACUGGAGGCCGCUCGUCUUUACAGCUUUAAUAGUCGCUCAGAAAGUGUGGGACGACCAAGUGCUAACGAACGCGUCGUUCGCGUAUCUGUAUCCGUUUUUUACCGUUGAAGAAGUGAACAAAAUGGAGGCAGCGUUUCUUUCAUUGCUCCAUUUUGAGGUCGUCGUCAAGCCGUCAACAUACGCAAAGUACUACUUUGAGCUGCGCUCAAUGCUGCAGGAUCCAACCUCCCAGGAACCAGCCUUACCACCAAUAUCAGCAUGUAUUAAACAACAGCUUGAGGAGAAGUCGGCCCGUUUUCAGCGAGCAGCAUGUAGCAAAUUUACUGACUGGAAGGCCGAGACAAUGUCCUGACCGUUGGAUGGAGAAACAAUCCUCAAGAGUCAAGGAUUUCCUGAAGUUUCUUUCAGCUCCCACGCACGGUCGUUUUGUGCUGGUGGCAGCAAUCAUCGUAACCACACGUAGAAGAGGAGGAAUCCAACUGGCAUAUUAUAACAAUGUGAAAAUUUUGAUAAGUGGAAUUGAUCAUGGACAUGUGAGCUGAUAGAUUUGCAGCAGAAGAUGCAAAACGAGUAAGAUACAGAGGAAAACAUCGGAGGGAUAUGCCGUCACUUAGCAGUAGUGCACUGACUGGUAGAUGUGCGCCUUGUUGAAACGAGCGGCGUCUUCGCCGCUGGAUGUCGUUCGUCUUACGUGAUCUCAGCAUUCAUGAUACAUUUUGUCGACUAAACAACAUGGAUUGCGCAGUGCUUCGGACUCUAUAUGCACGAGGCGUUUUCCAAAACUUUAGCGACGGUGCUGUGGUGGAAGCUUCUCGUGAAAAAGUGUCAUAGAACAUAGUUUAGCUUAUAAGGGCGGCUUUUGCCUGAUGUUAUCAUGCUGUCACACCGACACACGACAGAUUGUCGGCAUUUUACCAAAGGAGUUCUUGUGACUCAUGCCAGCAACCGCAGUGAUGGGGCGAAUUUGGGCACCAGAUUAAUUCUCAUACAGGAACACACCAUUAUACAUACCGAUGGGGUGACGGGACACCCAAAAUUGCAGUAGUGGCGAUCGCUUUACCAUAAGGCUGAAGAUUUAGCACACGCACGGGCACCGUAUUCGCAUUCUUGGCCCAUGUUAACGUCGUUUCAGAGAAAGGCGACAGGGAAGUUUGUCAGCCCGAUCAUGGUUUCACGACAACAGUCUUAUUAUCGAGACAAGCAUCCUGGUGACCGGUGGUCCAGGAGGGACGUGGACGUGGACCGGUCGACGCGAGUGCGAACCUAGCUCGUGACAUCGCACAGGUCAG